UGUCGCCUUUUUUGCUCUGGUGACCAUGGGAUGUAUAUUGUUUUUAUUUUUUAAUUUAUUUUCUCCAUUUUUUAUUCCUUUUGAAUUAUUAUUUAUUGAAUUUUGUUCUUUGUCCUUAUUUUUUAUUUUAUUUUUAUUUGCAUCAUUAUUUUGGCCAUUCUCCAGUUUAUUUUCACUUUUUUCUUCUCCAUUUUUAAUUACGUCAUUUUUUGUUUCCAUCGGAAAAAGCUUAUUGACAGGCCUUACUAAACAUCUUUUUCCUAUUUGCACUUUAGCGCUCUUUGGCGGGCUUCCAUCUAGCUCAAUAAUUUUUCCCAAACUCCAAGUAUUCCUUGGCUGGCCUUCUUGUUGCACAAUCACCACUUCCCCAACCUUUGGUUCUCUUUUUAGUGAAGUCCGAUCGUUAUUAUGGGUCCAUUUCGAUUUAUCCCUUAAAAUCAAUAAAUAUUCGCGAGUCCAUCUCGUCCAAAAUUUUUCAAAGGCCUUUUGAGUGGCUUUUAAUCGUACUCUUAAUUGAUCUCCCAUACUCAGUUUUCCUAUUUUAAAUUCUUCUUCUACAUCUGACUCAUUUAUAUUUUCAUUAAUUUCAAUAUUUGGCAAGAGAAAGUCAACAGGUCUAAGACAAGAUGGUCCAUCCAUCUCUCCAGAAACAAAAGAAAUAGGCCUACAAUUAAUAGAAAAUUCAACCUCUUUUAUGAAGGUUCUUAACUCUUCUAAAUUUAAUAUAACACCUCCUAGUGUUCUUUUAAAGGAGUCUUUAACCAAUUUAACUAAACGCUCAUAAACUCCUCCCGCCCAUGGGGAAAGCGAUGGAAUAAAACACCAUUCAAUUCCUUUAUUUAUUAAAAAAUUAUUUAAUCUUUUUUCCUCAUUUGUUUGUUUUUCGACCCAUUUUCCUACGAGCUUAGCGCCGAUUAAUUCAGAAACCACUUUGAACUGAUUGGCGUUAUCCGAUAGUAUCUUUUUGGGACAUCCUCGACUGGCGAUGAAACGUCUUAGACAGUGUAAAAAUUCUAGUGCCGAGAGCUCCAAUGCUAUUUCGAGAUGGACUGCCCUAGUCGUAAAACACGUAAAAAGAACAAUCCAAAAUUUAGACUUUCCAUUCUCAAUUUUAAAGAGAGAAGGUCCUAAAUAGUCAACGCCAAUUGCCUCAAAGGCUCUUGAUUUAAUUAGCCUUUCCUUAGGCAAUCCUGGCAUUGUUGGGAGUGCGAAUUUCGGUCCAUUUAUUUUUUGGCACUUUUUACAAUUCCUUACUACUUUCUUGGCCUCUCUUCUGGCGCACGGUGACCAAUAUUUAAUUAAGAAAUUUCCUAAAACGGCGUCCACGCCUGAAUGUAAAAGCUCAAUGUGUAAUUUAUCCAUGAUUAAUU